AGACCGGGGGAAAGUUGUUUCCUGAAGUUAGCUCCGCGGAUCAUUUCUGUGCCAAACUUUGGCAUUUGUACAAAAUGACUCUAUUACUUUACUCAGACUCGGUAUAAUCUGCUUUUCAUUCAAGACCGGAUGUAGGAGAGCUGCGGGAUGAGCUCAAAGACGGAAGAUUCGGGGUCAGACCUGCGUGCUCAGCUGGAGGAGUGCAGAGCGCAGGUGGAGCACUGGCAGGGUGUGGCCACCAUCUGUGAGCUCAGCAAACAGGAGGAACUCGCCGAGUUACAAAAACAAUGUGACCAAGAAAUGCAGUCCCUGCAGGAGGCACUCAGAGAAACUGCUGCUCAGUAUGAAGCCAGGAUUGCCUUUUUACAGUCGCAGCAAUCAGACUCCCAAAGAGCCUGUGGACAUAGCCUGAGUUCUGGAAAAAAAGGCAAAAAAGACCCUGAAUCACCAGCAUCCACCAAUAAGCCCAGGUCAGACAGUGAUCUACAGGGGACCCCGGAGAGAGCAGGUCUGGCCCAGGACUCCGAAGAGGGGGCCCUGGUCUGCACGGAUAGUUUCUUCUCACUACGCAACUGUGACUCUGCAUCGCUCUCAUCGUUUUCAAUGGACACUCCUUCACUACCCAGGAAACCAAACGCACAAGAUGACACAGACUCUCUGGUGUCCACUGGCACUUUGGUCCCAGAGGCCAUCUACCUGCCCCCCGCUGGACACCGGCUGGUCUCACACAGCGACUGGGAGUCACUACACGCACAGUUGUCAGAUUUGCGCGCAGAGGUGAGUCGGCUGGAGUCUGAAAAGGAGAAUCUAGAAAAAGAACUGGACACACAGACCAACCAAACCCACAAACAGGUUUCAAAGCUACAAUCUCAGGUUAAAACCUCUGAGGCCCUUUUAAAAGACUUGCACAAAUCUUUCAGCCAGUCUCAAAAUGCAGUGCAGAGUCGGCUGGCGGAGCUGUCCCUGUCCCAGAAGAGGAUGCACAGUGAGCUGAGCAGACUGAGGGGGGAGGAGGUGGAGGAGGAGGAGCAGCAGACGACGUUGGAGGCCUCCGCUCUCAUCCCAGCAACACUACAGGGCGCGCACUGUGAGGAGCGCCUUCGAAUUGAGAUAGUGAAUUUGAAAGAGCUAUUAGACGCGCGGACAGAAGAAAAUGAAGUUUUAGAAGUGCAGUUUUCUAGUCUAAAAACUGAGACGGAAAGGAUCCAGGCACUGAAGGACCAGCUGCAGGCCGAUCUCCUUGUGUGUCGCAACGAGCUGGGGGCCCUGCGGGUGGCGCUUUCCCACGUACAGAGCACCAACAAGAGUCUGACUGCUGACAAGACGUCCCUCCAGCAGCAAUGUCUGGAGCUGCGCAGCCAAGUGAUUAGUCUGCGCUCUCAGGUGGACACCAGCCAGACGGUGCAGAGAGACUUUGUGCAGCUGUCCCAGUCUUUACAGGUGAAGUUAGAGUUGAUCCGACAGGCUGAGACUCUGGAGCAGGUUCGGGGGAUCGUGGAAGAUGCCAUGAGUGAAGAUUUAGCAACACCCACAGAAGCAACAUAGUUUUAGAAAUAUAAAACUAAUAUGAAGCACUCCAGGUGUUCAAGUUUAAGGUCACAUGUUAUGCUAAUUUAACUUUUUAACUUUUUAACGUUUAUUCAAGACACUAUACCUAUUUUUUACUGUUUAAAAAUGUGAAAACUAGUUCAUUUUAAAUAGUUUGUAGCAGACCAAACGCAUUCCUCAAUGAUUUCCAAACAGCCUAAUUAUUCUCCGAGAUGAGUUUUUAAGUGCUUUUCACACCUUUCAGAGACCAGAGUGCAGAAUUUUACCAUUGCUGUAAUGUGAACAAUUAGCUUGGUAACAACAAACCAGCAUUGCUUCCUGGUCUGCAAAGGAUAUAACGCUUUAUAAUUGGAUACAGGCAGCACAUAGUGGUCUCAUUUUGACCGUAAGAGCUACUUUUACCCUGUAAUAUCGCUGUACUGUACUAAUUCUAGUGUAUUACAUGGGGAAACAAAUGGAUACUGCCCAUUUUAAUUUGUUAAUUCACAUCCUAGCCUCUCCUAUAUUUAAACCCUUAUUCUACCACCAAAUGUUUUUUUUUUCUCCUGCUAAUUAACAGUGUGUAAAUUGUAGCAUCUUGUUAGCAUCAUCUCGCUAACAGUAGUGCACACACGUCAUCCAACUGUUCUGUAAAAAAUAAAUAAAUAACUUGUUAAACAAAGGCGGUUUACAUGUAUCCAGGUUGUGAAAUAUGAAAUGCUAGCACUUUAGCUUUUGUUCUAGCUUUGCCUAGAAUGUUCCACAGUAUGGUAUUAAAUGUAUGCAUCUCCAUGGUGUCAGGUAUGUGGAGGGGCGACUCUGAUAACUCACAAUAAGAAUCCAUGUAUUUUACUGUAUUUUUUAAGCGCUAAAAACUAUAUUUGGAUAAAAACAAGACAGAUAUGUUUAAUGCCAUUUUGUGGAACAUUCUAGGCAAAGAAAUAAUAACUUAAUAGACCAUUAGGCACCGGAAAAAAUUUAUAGUACACCUGUAAAAUAAUAGCAUAACAUGUGACCUUUGCACCAACUAUAAUAACCACUGAGGCCAUAGUAGGAUGGUGCUGCCUGAUGUUUGAUUUAGCACAUUCCAUAUUAUGAUUUUAUUUAUUCUUUGGUGUCUUACACUGCCAGUAUUUUUAAUUAACUCUAUAAAUGCAAUAGUACAGAGACACUAUUUACCAUAGAGGUGGUUUGCGAGUAAAAAAGUAUUUUGUGAAAAAUGCUGACAAAAAGCAAUAAACAUAUUUACCUUUUUGUUAAUACAUUAAAUGGAUGAAAUGUAUUUUUAACUGCGAUUAACUUUCAGACGUUGGCUAUAUCUUGCAUUUUAAAACCCAAAGAGUCAUUUGUAAAAAGUGAGUCAAAAGUUAAAUGUUUGUUAUUUUAGAUAGAACUUAAAGGACACAUAUUAGGCUAUUUUCUGAUCUAGAUUCUAAUGGUGUUUCCGCAUCAAAAACAGACCUGGAGUUGUGUUUUGUUUCAUUCGCACAUGUUUAACACACAAAUCCUGCAUAUUUAGGCUGAGUUCUUCUCUCAAACAGAAAACACUUUGUUCCACCUUGUGAUGUCAUCGUGUGGUAAUACCUGAAGAGCUCCACUGUGUUUUUAAACUCCACACACCUUCACUAGAAUCAUUUGGAUCAUUUCAGGUCUGGAAUUGCCAGUCUCUACUAAAUAAAAGGUAAAAGGUAGACGUUAACUUGAAAAAUACCACUUCAUGACAUCACAAAGUGGAACAGAGCAUUUUUAGCUUUGGAAAUGUAGACAGACUAAUAAUGAAAGGGUUACUCAAACUUAUGUGAAUAAAACAAAAUCCAACUCUGCGUGUGUUUGGAGGAGGUAACUACAUUUUAACAAGACUUGAAGCUCACAAGAGUCAGUUUGGUUUAAUACUGGACCUUUAACAAAGUGCCAUUUUGAAUAUCGUAUCAGGGCGGUUAAUAUGUUUAAAUGAAGAUAAGCAGUGACACACUUAUCACAGAUUGAAAAUGUGAAUGAUAAAUAAACAUACAUGUGUACUUGCUCCAUUUUAUUUUAUUGUUGUGGCUGUAGCAUUUGUGCAACAACAAUUAGAAACUCAACUUCAUAUGUACAUAUCUGGCAACUUGGCUAACCAUGUUCUACAUAAUCCAAAACCAAACUUAAGUGAAGAAUGCAUCUCUAUUUGCAUCAACUACUUACAGACAGCGUGAGUUUAAGCAGAACGAGCAGAAGAACACAUUAUCACAGCUGUAAAAGUUAUGUAAACACUGUCAGACCAAGGGUUGCUGGUUUAGCAGAGCACAUCUUUGUCCCUGUUUUUGCAUAACAAGUAAGUCCAUGAGAUGGUGAUAAAUAUUUAUUAAGAUACAUUUACUAAACAAAAUGCAAUACUGACAAACCAAGUUGACAGCUUCUUAUAUAUAUCUUUAUUCUUUAAGAAUAGAAUCAUCACAGGUUUUGACUUCUAGCUAUAUAUUAAUUUUAGUAAAUACACAGAACAAAUCUCUUGCCAUGUGUUGGUGUUUUCAGAUGGCACAGGCUUGACAGCGCUUUGUUCAAGUGACUCCCCUCUCACUCGGAGCGCUGGGCCCUUCGGCUUUGGUGUGAGCGUCUGCGCAGUCUCACCUCCUUUACACUUUUCCUGAGGAGGGUCAAAUAAAUUUACUUCAAAGAUCAGGUUUAUGUUGAAUUGUCCAGCAGCAUUAGCUGUGGUUACAUACACAUAAAUAAUCUGAAAAGGUCCAGAAAUCAGAUUAUAAUCACAUGUUGCUGACAUGCAAACCUGAUCUGAGGGACCAACAUUUUUGGGAUCCAAAAAUGUGAUCAUUAUCAGAUUUUUCAUGUGCAUGUAACUGUAGCCACUGUCUAAUACAAAAGCAAAGUGGCAAAUAUGGAAUAUUACGACAGCACAUUGCAACAUAACAGCACAAGACUCUAUACAGACUGCAGCUCCAUAUCCAAGCUUUGUUUCUUUGAAUAGGCCUGUCACAGUAAUCACUAUAUGGACUUAUUACUCUUAUAGAAAGAACAAUAUUUUUUCAGUGAGAUGGCAUAAUUCUUUAUUGUCUAGGAGUGGUUCAAUGUGCUUCAGGCCAGUAUCAUCAGAUUGAAAAUGGCUUCUGAACGGGAGCCGAAAUGUUUUGAUUGCAAAAACUGUCUGUAUUACUACCGCUGAAACAGCCUCUACAAUAUUUUUUCAGGCUCAAUAAUAAGUGCAUCUACCUUUUC